GCAGUGGGUAGCGAGCCAGGCCUACAGCUUCCGCCACCGGCGCCGCCGCCUCAGACACUCAAGCCCAGCAUAACAGCUCUGCCUCUCCUACUCUAAAUACGCUCAGCCACCACCUUUGUGAUACCUCACUGGGAGGAAAAUGGCAGAGAAUUUUUCGUUCCAGCUUAAUGAUGCGUUGUUAUCUGGGUCUGCAAAGCCAAAUCCUCAAGGAUGGCCUGGCUUGUGGGGGAACCUGCCUCCUGGGGUAGGGGGCUACCCAGGUGCCUCCUAUCCUGGGGCCUAUCCUGGGCAGGCACCCCCAGGGGCUUAUCCUGGGCAGGGGCCUCCUAGUGCCUACCCUGGCCCUACAGCACCUGGAGCUUAUCCUGGACCACCUGCACCUGGAGGCUACCUGGGGCAACCAGGCAGGCCUGGGGCCUACCCACCUCCUGCACAGCCCAGUGCUCCGGGAGCCUACCCUGCUGCCGGCCCCUAUGGCAGCCCUGCUGGACUACCGGUAACUUCUGGCAACUGGCGUAGUGAGCAGGCUCCUGUAGGUGGAAGCCUUGACCAGAGUGAAGGAGAUUCCCGUACAGCGCCACAGAGACCUGGAGAAGACUAUGAGCCACAGUCUCAAGGAAGAAUGACAGACAAACGGUCUGCAUCCCCAGCAGAAGAAUCAAGCUCAGAGAGUCCACCCGAGGGGAAAAAGCAGAGGAUGCCACCCUCUACGGACCAAGCCCUGACAAAGGAUUCUCAGAAGAAGAAACCAAAGCCCAAGAAGGGCCAAUUCAAAAAAAUAAAGUCACAACCCAUGACAUGGGGCGAGCUGAAGAAGACCUAUGAGGAAGCAGAAAAGAUACUGUGUCAGACGUCUGUACCUAAAACGGCUGCAAACCUUUUUCUUGCUGUGAUCAGCGUGGUGAGCAUGGCGUCUAGAGGAAACCCCAAAGAAGAGGAGCCUCCUGAGACCAAUGUCUCGUAGUGAUGGCUAUUGAACUUCAUCAACUUGCUUCUAUAGAGAAAGGGGGAGAUGUUGGGAAAUAGGGCUAAGAGACAUGGAAAGUUUAAGGAGUUUUGCAGUACUUUUGUCUUGAAGGAAUUUCUGGGCGUAUUACUUCUCAGACCAGAAGCUGCUUAGCAACAAGGGAGACAUUCCCCUCAUCAGGGACGACUGCAAGGCAGUACCGAUCUCAAGGCCUGCACGCCAGCAGCUGGAGCUUGUGCAAGCAGAGCUUGGCAUAGGGCCCAAGGAUAAGAAACUGAUUGAAAAAUGCCAGCCCAGCAGACAACUUUCAGCCGGAACUAUCAUAAACUUCAAGGCUGUUCCUGCUUCACUCCUGACCACAUGUCUCACUGUAGAGAAACAGAUUAGUUUGUAGGCUCAGUGUUCCUGCCUUAUGCGUUUUUAUCUUUAACUUGUAUGCUAAGCUAGGUCUAUUCUUAACUUUGGGCUUAAAAUGUUUAUCUCAGAAAAAUUUUGUGACUAUUUACUGUUGUAGACAGAAUUAGGUAAGGGUCCCUGGAAACCCUUGGGGAGCCUCGAAACCUACACAGAUGAUCUGUACACAUGAUUCUAUGAUUGAGGACAAUAUCUUGAUAUACCAAUAAAUACUGACGUGGCACUUCACUGUUGGCUCAUGGGAAUGCUGGAGGACCCCUGACUCUAUGGGAGUUCCGCUAGCAACCCAGUCACUGUAAACUACACUUUGUGUCUGUCUCUUACUAUUUUCAAAUCUCUGGUGACAAUCCUGCCUGGGACCUGUCUUGGUUGGGUAAUAGGUAACUCCUGGUGGCAUCUAGGCAACUGGUGAAUCAAGCAGGGUCCUAAAGGCAGAAGGCUUCUCUGGAGUGAAGGAGAUUCCCGAACAGCAUUGCAGAGACCUGGAGAAGGCUUGGAGCUGCUGUGUCCAGGAAGGGUGAGUUCAGCUCUGGGGAUUUUUCAGUCAGGCUAACACAUGGGGCAGAAUCAGUCUAAAUUGACUCAGUACAUUGAAUUGUUGCAGACUCUAUUACAGAGUUCUGGAGUGGUUGCCAAGCAGAAAACUUUCAAGGAACUGUUUCAUUUAAUUUCCAAACGCUGUCAUUGGUUUCCCCCUCCAGUACGCUCAGACUGUGGCAAUGGAGGCUGGCCAGCAGAGCGCUGUGACAUUCACAAGGCAGAGGAGAAGAAGUCCCUCUUUCUUGUGGCAACUCUCUCCUUAAUUACUCAGGCUCUGCAACCGUUUCAGUCAAACUCAGACUGGCUCACUCCCAUCCUAAAAUAAAGGCAGCGACAAAUUGACCCUGGCUAUCAUAGGGAAGAGGAGGUGCUAUUCUAUGGUCUUCUGUAUGAAUCAGGCAAGGAUGAGAAAAAGCCAUUAAAUUCGAUUAUUGGCCUUCAAUACGGGUCUAUAGAACAAAUAAAAGAACAGAAAAAUUCU